CGGAGGAGCUGGGGGUCGUCACCAUGCAGAGGAUAUUCAACUCCUUUGUUUACACUGAGAAGAUCUCAAAUGGAGAAAGUGAAGUGCAGCAGCUAGCCAAAAAAAUCCGAGAGAAGUUCAACCGUUACUUGGACGUGGUCAACCGGAACAAGCAAGUGGUGGAAGCGUCCUAUACGGCCCACCUGACCUCUCCCCUCACCGCGAUUCAGGACUGCUGCACCAUCCCGCCCUCCAUGAUGGAGUUCGAUGGGAACUUUAAUACCAAUGUAUCUAGAACAAUUAGCUGUGAUCGACUUUCUACUACUGUUAAUAGCCGGGCCUUCAAUCCAGGACGAGACUUAAAUUCAGUUCUUGCAGACAACCUGAAAUCCAACCCUGGAAUCAAGUGGCAGUACUUCAGUUCCGAAGAAGGAAUUUUCACUGUUUUCCCAGCGCACAAGUUCCGGUGUAAGGGCAGCUAUGAGCAUCGCAGUAGACCCAUCUACGUCUCUACAGUCCGGCCGCAGUCAAAGCACAUAGUGGUGAUCCUGGACCACGGGGCCUCCGUCACCGACACCCAGCUUCAGAUCGCCAAGGAUGCUGCCCAGGUCAUCCUCAGCGCCAUCGACGAACACGACAAGAUCUCUGUGUUGACAGUGGCAGACACGGUCAGGACCUGCUCCCUAGACCAGUGCUAUAAGACUUUCCUGUCUCCAGCCACCAGCGAGACAAAGAGGAAAAUGUCCACCUUCGUCAGCAGCGUCAAGGCUUUGGACAGUCCCACCCAGCACGCCGUGGGGUUUCAGAAGGCAUUUCAGCUGAUUAGGAGCACAAACAAUAACACGAAGUUCCAAGCCAAUACAGACAUGGUCAUAAUUUACCUGUCCGCUGGCAUUACAUCAAAGGACUCCUCCGAAGAAGAUAAAAAGACGACUCUCCGCAUCAUCAACGAGGAAAACAGCUUUCUGAACAACUCCGUGAUGGUUCUCACCUACGCCCUCAUGAAUGAUGGGGUGACCGGUUUGAAAGAGCUGGCUUUUCUGAGAGACCUGGCUGAACAGAACUCGGGGAAGUACGGGGUGCCCGACCGGACGGCCCUGCCCGUCGUUAAGGGCAGCAUGAUGGUGCUGAACCAGCUGAGCAACCUGGAGACCACAGUCGGCAGGUUCUACACCAACCUGCCCAACCGGAUGAUUGAUGAGGCUGUCUUCAGCCUCCCCUUUUCCGAUGAGAUGGGAGAUGGUUUGAUAAUGACUGUGAGUAAACCCUGUUACUUUGGAAACCUACUUCUGGGAAUUGUAGGUGUGGACGUGAACCUGGCUUACAUCCUUGAAGAUGUGACGUAUUACCAAGACUCUUUGGCUUCUUAUACUUUUCUCAUAGAUGACAAAGGGUAUACACUUAUGCACCCAUCCCUGACCAGGCCAUAUUUACUAUCAGAACCCCCUCUUCAUACUGACAUCAUUCAUUAUGAAAAUAUCCCAAAAUUUGAGUUGGUUCGGCAAAAUAUUCUAAGCCUCCCCCUGGGCAGCCAGAUUAUCGCAGUGCCUGUGAACUCGUCCCUGUCCUGGCACAUAAACAAGCUGAGAGAAACCGGGAAGGAGGCCUACAACGUCAGCUACGCCUGGAAGAUGGUACAAGACACCUCCUUUAUUCUCUGUAUUGUGGUGAUACAACCGGAAAUACCUGUCAGACAACUGAAGAACCUGAACACCGUCCCCAGCAGCAAGCUGCUGUACCACCGGCUGGACCUCCUGGGCCAGCCCAGUGCUUGCCUUCACUUCAAACAGCUGGCCACUCUAGAAAGUCCAACCGUCAUGCUGUCUGCUGGCAGUUUUUCCUCCCCCUACGAGCACCUCAGCCAGCCGGAGACAAAGCGCAUGGUGGAGCACUACACCGCCUACCUCAGUGACAACACCCGCCUCAUUGCCAACCCGGGGCUCAAAUUCUCUGUCAGAAAUGAAGUAAUGGCCACCAGCCACGUCACAGAUGAAUGGAUGACACAAAUGGAAAUGAGUAGCCUGAACACUUACAUUGUCCGCCGUUACAUAGCAACACCCAAUGGCGUCCUCAGAAUUUAUCCCGGUUCCCUCAUGGACAAAGCAUUUGAUCCCACUAGGAGACAAUGGUAUCUCCAUGCAGUAGCUAAUCCAGGGUUGAUUUCCUUGACUGGCCCUUACUUAGAUGUUGGAGGAGCUGGCUAUGUGGUGACCAUAAGUCACACAAUUCAUUCAUCCAGUACACAGAUGUCGUCCGGGCACACGGUGGCCGUGAUGGGCAUUGACUUCACGCUUCGAUACUUCUACAAGGUUCUGAUGGACUUACUGCCGGUCUGUAACCAAGACGGCGGCAACAAAAUCAGGUGCUUCAUAAUGGAGGACAGGGGUUAUCUGGUGGCACAUCCGACCCUCAUUGACCCCAAGGGACAUGCACCUGUGGAACAACAGCACAUAACCCACAAGGAGCCCCUGGUAGCAAAUGACAUCCUGAACCACCCCAACUUUGUCAAGAAGAACUUGUGCAACAGCUUCAGUGACAGGACAGUCCAGAGGUUUUAUAAGUUCAACACUAGCCUCGUGGGGGAUUUGACGAACCUCGUGCAUGGCAGCCACUGUUCCAAGUACAGACUGGCGAGGAUCCCAGGAACCAAUGCGUUUGUGGGCAUCGUCAACGAGACGUGCGACUCGCUUGCCUUCUGUGCUUGUAGCAUGGUGGAUCGGCUCUGUCUCAACUGCCACAGAAUGGAGCAAAACGAAUGCGAAUGUCCCUGUGAGUGCCCUCUAGAGGUCAACGAGUGUACUGGCAACCUCACCAAUGCAGAAAACAGAAACCCGAGCUGCGAGGUCCACCAGGAGCCAGUGACGUACACGGCUACUGACCCUGGCCUGCAGGACGCUCUUCACCAGUGUGUCAACAGCAGGUGCAGUCAGAGGAUGGAGAGCGGGGACUGUUUUGGUGUGCUGGACUGUGAAUGGUGCAUGGUGGACAGCGACGGGAAGACUCACCUGGACAAAUCCUACUGCGCGCCCCAGAAAGAAUGCUUUGGGGGGAUUGUGGGAGCCAAAAGUCCCUACGUGGAUGACAUGGGAGCAAUAGGUGACGAGGUAGUCACACUGAACAUGAUUAAAAGUGCCCCGGUGGGCCCCGUGGCCGGAGGCAUCAUGGGGUGCAUCAUGGUGCUGGUCCUCGCCGUGUACGCCUACCGCCAUCAGAUUCACCGCCGGAGCCACCAGCACAUGUCUCCUCUGGCCGCCCAAGAAAUGUCAGUGCGUAUGUCCAACCUGGAGAACGACCGAGAUGACAGAGAUGAGGACAGCCACGAAGACAGAGGCAUCAUCAGCAAUACCCGGUUUAUAGCCGCGGUCAUCGAGCGACACGCCCACAGUCCAGAGCGGAGGCGGCGCUACUGGGGCCGAUCGGGGACGGAGAGUGACCAUGGCUACAGCACGAUGAGCCCCCAGGAGGACAGCGAAAACCCCCCCUGCAACAGCGACCCCCUGUCGGCCGGGGUCGACGUGGGGAACCACGACGAGGACUUGGACCUGGACACCCCGCCCCAGACCGCGGCCCUGCUGAGCAGCAAGUUCCACCACUACCGGCUGCACCACCCGGCGCUGCACCACAGCCACCACCUGCAGGCGGCCGUCACCGUGCACUCCGUGGAUGCGGAAUGCUAACGGCGCCUCCGGGAGGGAGGGCCUGGGGCACCCAGCGCGCCGGGCCACGGGCCGGCCUGCAGCCCACCGAGACGCCCCGUGUCUGGGCUUCGCCAGAGCGGCUGAACUCACGCCCUGCCUGUUCAUACGUUUGGAAACGAGGGAAACGACAAAGGGACGCUUGGGAAGGGGCCAGGCUGGCUCUGCGGUGGAGGGGAAGUUAGCCUGCUGCGCGAACCUGCCGCGAUCCUGGCGGAACGGAGCAGAAGGCAAACCUCCGAACGCGGAGACGGGGCCUACAAGUGAAACCCUGGGAACCUUCCUGAAGCUGAGCCAGAGGAAUGUUCCGAGGGGCCAGGAACACGCGGCUGCCCUCGGGGGGACGAGGGGACAGGGCUCGGCGGGGACCGGGCGCGGCCCCGGGAGGGACUGGGCCCUGAAGGCUCCCCCUUGCUCCUGAGCGGCGCCCGGUGCCACGGUUGCUGUAAGGGACUCCUGCUAAAGCUCUAAAUGAUGCAUCUCAAAGUUUCUAAGUAAAGGAUUAUUUUUCUACUAUUUAUUGAACUUUCGAGCAUUCUCAAACUCGGGGGGAGAAGAAAGGAAACACGUGAGACGUUUUCAGCGAUUAUCCCUGGCUGUGUUGUGUGUAAUGAAGUGGUUCUUUGACUAAGAAGUUCUGUUUUCUUAUUUAACUGAUACCAUCCCACUGCCCCACUCUGCGAAAUGGGAAAAUGAAGAAAUCUUUCUCUCCGACUUGUUUACACGCGUCUUCUUUAGGACAUCGUUUCACGGAAACACGCCUUUAUUCGUAAUGCAGUCCGGUCUUCUUUCUCUGUGUUUGACAGAGGCGGGGAGGGGCGGAGACACCCAAGAUGCUUUUAAAGAAAUGUUGUUCCUUUUUAACACAUUCCCACUCCCCACACAAUGCUUUUCUUAGGUUUCUACAAAACCUAGUGUUACAACCCCAGCCUUUCAGCUAAGGGAGGGUUGUGUUUUUUUCUCUUUGUUUCAGAGACUAGAAAUUUGAAAGUGUCCCAUUUUGAUUCUGAGAGUAUUGAAUGCAUACAGGAAGGAGUUUUGAAAAUUCAAAAUUUGGAUUGUGUAUUAAAGAUUUCUUUUGAAAUCAUCAUUCGAAGCUGCUGCCAGUUAUCCAAGAAGUUAUCCACCAAGCUGCUUUGUGAUGUAUUCAGAGAUUAAUCCGAUCCAGCUAACAGAACAUGGCAUUGUAAUUUUAAAGUAGUGUUCUAAUUACAGUGAUGUAUUUUAGAUUCACAUGUUGUGAUUCCAAUAUGUUAUAAAGACAUUCUUGCACCGUGUGUGUGGUAAAUCUCCGUUUAUAUGUAGUUGGGAAAAAAGUCACUGAAUAAUGUUUUAUUGAUAGGGUAUUAUGAUAUAAUGUUUAAAAAAACCCGGUUCUUCGGCAGUACAGGAAGUAAACUAUGUGUAUCAGGAAACCCCUGAUAUGGAACCCCGUGUAUGAAAUCGCAGCCUAGUGGAAUAAACUGUAUGAACGGACAGUCUCAGUGGUUAUAGUGAUUUGUCCAUGGACCACUGCUCGUGCCUUGAGGCAAAUUACGUUCGCUUUGUAACCAAGCCGAUCCGUUGCCAGACUGAAAGCAGGCCUCCUUUCUAGGCCGCAGUCAAGUUCAGGGGCUUCCGGACCAUCUCGGAUAUGUGAAGAAAUUUAAGAAUGUCAUGGGAUAAAAUGAAAAGCCAAUAUUUUAAAAUGUGUGGGACGUAGCUCCCCUUCCUGAACGUCUGAAUUCGUGUCGUUAAUGACGAAUAAAUGGUGGUUCUCUAACUGC